AUGAAGACAACCACUGACGGUUACACCUGGCGAAAAGAGACCGGAAUUAAGAGAGGUGACCUCCACUGCCGAGGUGUCGUUGAGCCGCGAGAGAAGUACACCGCGCCAGCAGGUCACAUCUUCGAUGCCAUUGUUAUUGGUGCUGGAUACAGUGGCUUGAGGGCUGCAAGAGACUUGACAGAUUAUGGGCUCUCUGUUCUCAUGUUGGAAGCUCGGGACCGCGUCGGUGGACGAACAUAUACUGUGGAAUCAAAUGGUUGUCUCUAUGAAAUGGGCGGAACCUGGGUGACCCACCAUAUGGGAUACCUGUUCCAAGAAAUGACGCGAUAUAAACUCGAUCGCGACCUCGUUAUAACCCAUCAUAGAGAAUACGAGAAUGAUUACUAUACGAUCAAUGUUCCUGGAGCAACUCCUCGAAAGCUCACACACGAGGAAGCCGGCGAGAUCAUUGCUCGAGCAUGGGACGUGUUUGUCAACAUCGACGGACAGCACUGUCGAACGAUCUGUCCCCUACCGCAUGCCCAACUUGAUAACAUCCUGGUCGAUCGAAAGGAGGUCGAGCGCUACGAUAAAAUCUCUUGUCGCGACAGAUUCGAGGAGAUCAAGCACCUCCUAACGGCAGAGGAAGCUGGGAUCCUAAACGGAUUACUUCUCCACAUCACAGGUGGAACCAUGGAGAACUCGAGUCUAUGGGAUAUGAUCCGCUCGCAUGCGCUCAUGACACAUGCCUCUGUUAAUUUCGGGCCAAUCUGGACGACGUUCAAGCUUCGAGAGGGCCAGUCCGUCCUUGCCAAAGCGAUGUUCCAAGAGAGUGUGGACAAUGGUCUACAGUAUUCGUUCCAGACUCCCAUCAAAUCGAUCAUCGAUCACGCUGGCUCUCAUCCCCGUGUUGUGACGCAUUCCGGUAGAGAAUUCCGCACCCGCCGCAUAGUCAGCACCAUCCCUCUCAAUGUGCUUCACUCGAUUCAGUUUGAUCCACCCCUCUCUCGUGUCCGACAGGAGGCGGUCUCUGUCGGGCACGUUAACUUCAUGAACAAGAUCCACGCCGACGUGAAUGGAACCGGCCUAGUAUCUUGGAACGGAAUGAAGCUCUCCAACCUGCUUAUGUUUGGCUACGGAGAUGGAGUCACUCCUAACGGUGACGCACAUAUCGUGGGCUUCGGCAAGGAUGAACGAGCCACAUUUAUCCCAGAAAGAGACCCAGAGAAGGCCGUCGAUGCUUUUCAGCAGCUUCAUCCGAUGGAAGUUAAGAGAAUGAUAUUCCAUAACUGGAACACGGAUCCCUGGUCGCAAGGGGGGCCUGCUUGGUGGCGACCCCAGUUCAUGACCAAGUACCAGGACGAACUACAGAAGCCACAUGGUCGUAUAUUCUUUGCGUCUGCAGACUGGGCACAUGGGUGGCGAGCUGCCAUCGACGGUGCUCUGGAGCAAGGAUCCCAUGCGGCGUUACAGAUCAAGAUUGAGCUAAAGAGCGUUCGGGGAGGCAGUGUCAAGGCAAGAUUCUAG